GAAGGGAGAAGAUCACGUUGAUAGCAACAGAAGACAUUGUAUCUAAGUCAAGAGAAAGAAAUACAAAGUAUGUUGAAGCUUUUCUCAAUUAUUUUACUGCAAUGGGCAUUAACCUGUCAAGGAUUUUAUUUUCGGACUGAACUCGAUUGGGAAGCAGAGGAAAAACCCCAAGCAGAUGUCACUAAGGAAUGCCUGCAAUACAGUAAGGAUUUGGACUGCAGGUUCUAUGAUUGUUUAAACCAAAGGUUUCCCUGUGGUGAAAAGGUGCAAAAGAAUAAAUCGCGUGCUCAUUGUUUGAAAACCAAAGAAAAUUCAGUUCCAGUGGCUGAAGUGGGUAAUAUCUGGAUAAAUAGUAUCAUAAGAUGUUUCAUAGAUGAUUUAACGAAAGUCUACCAACGUCCGUCACUCGAUUGUAAGAAUGCCAACAAAAUUGUCGUGAAAAUACAACGUAAAUGUUACACAGACAAUGAUUUCUGUAAUGUUGGCUGGGAUCACCGCAAGAAAAUGUGGCAGUUAUUCAGUGAACCCAUAAAGACGUCCAAAACACAUUACUAUAAAAUGAUGUGGGACAAUCUUAGAGACAUCUCUUCAAAAUGCAAAAAUACAUCUGCUGAAAAAUUAGAAGAAUGGAUCAAAGGCCAGUUCAACGAUGACAAAGGGAGUUUACAUAAUGUACCUAGUUACUGGGGCAGCCCCGAAACAGUAUUAACUGACGUUUCAACCGUCACCAUCACGAAAUGUUUUGCCUUUAAAUAG